AUGUAACCUUAUAAAAGGGUUUGUGUUUAAGAAUCGAAAAACCCCUCCUCAUUUAGUGAACAAGAUGAGAAAAUUGGAAUAGAUUAUUCCAACUUCAUCCAAUAAAUGGAAGGACCUUACCAUUAGCUUUAUGAACCAAUAGAUAAAUAAUGCAUAGGAGCAGGGGGUUAGGGUUGUGUAAUCAAAGUGAAAUGCAAAUUGAAUAAUGAGAUUCGGGCUAUGAAAGUGAUUAAGAAAACCAGCGAAGAUAAGAAUGAAAAUUUUCGAAAAGAAUUCCAAAACCUUAAGCUAUUAGAUCAUCCAAAUAUAUUGAAGCUUUACCAUAGUUUUGAAGAUGAUCAGAGAUUUUACAUAAUUUCGGAACUAUGCGAAGGAGGAACCUUAGCUCAAUAUAUCGAUGAUCAUUAUCCUCUUAAGGAAGCUGAAGUGCUUAAAAUUAUGAAGUAAUUAAUCAGUUCCAUUAAUUUUGCUCAUAAGAAAAAUAUAGUUCAUAGAGACAUUAAGCCUGACAAUAUCUUGAUUGACGAUGAAGUUACAACAUCCAUUAAACUGAUUGAUUGGGGGUUCUCAGGGAUGAUUUAAUAAUAAUAAAAAUUGAGUCUUAAAUGUGGCACAAUUCACUUUGUGGCUCCGGAAGUGAUGGAGGAAUCAUACGACUAAAAGUGUGACAUAUGGUCAUGCGGAGUUGUCCUCUAUAUACUAUUGUGCAAUGAUCCUCCAUUCCAAGGGACAGAUUCAAAUGAAAUUUUAUUUAACAUCAAAAAUCAAAGCAUAGAGUUCAGAUAUUAAUCUUGGAAAUAAUACAGUACUCUCGUUAAGGAUUUAUUGAAAAGAAUGCUGGAGAAAAACCCAGAAUUGAGACCAAAUGCUUAAUAGGUUCUUGAAGAUCCGUGGUUUGAAAGUCAUUCAUCUGAAUAAAUACCUUCUCAAGAUUUCAAGGAGAGUAUGAUAUAAUUUAAUGGUUACACUGAGGAUCAGGACAAUAGUUUAAAAUAAAGCAGAUUUUUAUAGGCAAUAGUGUUAUUCAUUGCCACUGAAUUAGUGCAUAAGGACGAUAAAAAAGUAUUGAAUCGUAUCUUCCGUAAAAUUGAUAAGGACAACAAUGGUAUUAAUGAUUAUAUGAGACAAUUAGGAACAAUCUCAAAAGAGGAACUGAAAUGCGCUUUAUAAUAAAUAUAUUCAAAAAAUCAAUUAGACGAUAAAGUUGAUAAAAUAUUCGAUUUCUUGGAUGUCAACUAAAGUGGUUCACUAGAUUUUAGUGAAUUUGUAGCUGCAACCUGUAAAUUAUCAGAUGUAGAAGAAAAAAUUAGAGUUGCAUUUGAUGUAUUGGACAAGAAUAAGGAUGGGUGUAUAACUCUAGAUGAAUUAUUUAAAUUUAUUGGGAGAGAAGACUAUGAUAAUGAUUGUAAGGAGAUCUUCAAUCAAUUUGAUCAGAAUGGAGAUGAUAAAAUAAGUUUUGCCGAGUUUUCUCAAGCAGUUUAAAAAUACGUGAAUAUAUGUAAAUAGAUUUAAUAUUGA